AAAUCUGAGGACGUGGCCGAGCUACGUCUCAGCCCCGUGUUUCAACGGACCGGGGUGAUUCAAACCAGACGAGCCGGCUUUGUCUGAGAAAGUUCAGGGAGUCGUGGGCUUCGGAGGCCUCAGCAGCUCUCUGUUAAAGUCACAUUUCUUUUAUUUUUCCAACAAUGUCGGGGAAAAUCAAGAGCCGGAGCGCUGCGAACGCAGACGCGGUAACAGGCGGUGUUUCCUGCGAUGAGCGCAUCUUACGGGACUGUCAUCAGCUGUACACGGAGCCGGACAGCGGGCUGAUCGCCAUGGCUGAAUCGGUUGGCGUGAAGCUUCUGCCGCCAAGGAAGAAAAUCACCGUGAUGCUGAUGGGAAACCACUCAGCUGGGAAAAGCUCCUUCAUCAACUGGUAUGUUGAAGAGCACAUCCAGCGAACAGGAGUAGCCAUCGAGACCCAGGGCUUCAGCUUUGUUACAAGCGGGCGCAAGAGAGAAUCUCUAACAGGAAACGCCACCCUUCAUCUGUAUCCACACUUCAAACCUCUGCAAGAAUUCAAAGGUGUUUCAGAGUACCUGAGCACAGAGAUCUGCACGUCGAGGCAGAAGCGGUUCAGCCUGGUGACGUUUGUUGAUUCUCCGGGGUUGGUGGACGGAGAUAUGAAGUAUCCGUUUGAUGUGGACGAGGUGAUCCUGUGGCUUGGUGAUCUCUGUGACCUGAUCUUGGUUUUCUUCGACCCCAUGGGUCAGGCUCUGUGUAAACGAACGCUCAACAUCGUGGAGAGUCUGAACGAGAAACACGGUGACCGUCUAAAAUUUUACCUGAGCAAAGCUGACGAGGCCGGAGGAGAGUGUGACAGACAGAGAGUGAUGAUGCAGAUUGUUCAGGAGCUCUGCAAACGACCAGGACUCAACAAAUGUGGCUUUGACAUGCCGACUAUCUACAUUCCUAACCCAAAUAAGCCGAGCCGCUGUGUGAACCAGAUCGAGGAGGUUUGCCGUACCGUCGAGAAAACGAUCAACCAGACGGUUCAGAACACGCUGAACUCUCUGGAGAAAGACUGUGAACUCAUCAGUGAGGCCAUCACCGACACGCUCCUAAACGACAGACAGACGAGUGCCGCUAACCGGCGUGCUCGCUGUAAAACGUGCUUCCUGACUCUGCUCGGCUUCAGCGUUCCUCUCGCUCUCAUGGUCUUGCUGGUGCUUGGCUCGCUGUCUAAAGAGCUGCUGGAGAUGGCCGUGGGCCGUAACGGCACCGAGGUGCUCUCUAUGUACCUGACUCCUGCAGUGAGAGUGUUUGACUCGUUCUCCAUGGAGCAGCAGCUGUACGGCGUCGGUGGACUCGUCCUCCUCUCCUUCCUCCUGCUCAUCAUCGCACGAUUCUCCUUCAGAACUCAGCCGACUCUGUCGGGUAAACAGAAGCGACAGCUGCAGGAGAAGCUGGAGUAUGUUCAGGAGGUGGUCAAAACCAAAAAGAAGAAGCUGUAUGAAGAGUAUCUGCGUCAGAGCGUCAGUGAUCAGGACAUGGACCUGUGAAUAAAGACGUAGCACUUCACUGUAAGAUCAGAAAUAUGCACACGGUACACUCUGGUGCUUCUGACACUGUAAACAUGUUACCUGCUAGAUCAUGUGACCUCUGAGAACUCUAAAAACACACUUUUGUUACUGAGAUCCUUCUGAUGUGAGCGUUUCUAGUCGUCCUCUGUGCCUCUGCUCCACUCAAAGAAACGUAGGCGUAUACCACUUAUGAAUAUUUAAAACUUUACAAACUAUUUAUAUUUCUUUAUCAGAGAAACUGUAUUUUGGUUAAACGGCGUACAGCACUGUUACAUGAGUCACUUUGAACCAGUUUCACCAGCAUUUUAUACCCACUUUCAGCUGCUCUGUAUCAUGAAGUUACACUUUUGGUAUUUAUCCAGAUCCAUACGGUGAAUGUCUAUGUGUUAGCCAGUACGUAGAAUAUUCUAGUAUCUGCAGAAGUCCUUUAAUGAAGGAAUCAAAUGUUUUAUCUGUGCAAACUUUUGUACUUCCUACAAUGUGACCAUGUUUUUAUUUACAAUGAACUCUAAUAAAAGUGUUUAAUACCUGAA